AUGGACCCCACCAGCCCCAAACGCCAAGCAAAACGCACCCACGUCCCCGGCAUCGCCAUCGAAGGCCACUACGGUAUGAUGGUCAACCCGCGCGGCGCCAACGCCCGAGACUCUGCUUACGCCUACACCACCUCUCCUCCUCCAAACCACGUUCCACCAAAGCCCGAGCCAGAGCCUCGAAAGAACUUAACUUACAUGUCCCUCACUGGCAUCUCUGGUGUCGCUGAGAAGAUGACUGCUUCCCCAAGCCCGCUACGUAUCGUUGGAGCGAACGGCCCUUCUUUGAGUUUUGGGGAACUUUAUAAAGGGAUCGCGAAGGAACGAAAGAUUGAGGAGAAAGAUGUGGGGGAUUUGAUUACUGUGCGGGAGAGCCAGAUGCGGGAGUUGGUGAGGGAGCAUAAUGAGAUGAGAGAGAGGUGUAAGGAGUUGGAGAGGAUGUUGGAAAGAGCUCAAAAGAAGAGAUAA